AGCUGCGCCCAACAUGUGGUUUUUUCCUGUUCUUCUUCCCUCUUUCUUUACUGUUUCUCCGCCGAGGGCGACUUCCCGGCAAAAUUGCCGGCAAACUACGCCGUAUAAUCUCAUCCGCCCUUUCCCACGCUAUUUCAGUUUGCUUUGUGUGAUCUUUUGAGUAUUUUUUUAGGUCUUUUUUAGUACUGAAGAAUUGGAAGAGAUGGAAGGGAUGGGACUUCGAAACGUGAGCUCGCAUUGCUCCAUCUCAGAAAUGGACGACUACGAUCUUUCGCGCCUUCUCGGUAAGCCUAGGCUUAACAUCGAGAGACAGCGAUCAUUUGAUGAGAGGUCGCUCAGCGAGCUUUCGAUCGGUCUCACCAGAUGUGGCUUGGAUAACUUUGAGAGCACGUACUCGCCCGGUGGCAGGUCGGGUUUCGAUACCCCGGUUUCAUCGACUCGGAACUCAUUUGAGCCCCAUCCAAUGGUUGCUGAUGCCUGGGAAGCACUUCGGCGAUCUUUGGUGUAUUUCCGAGGUCAACCGGUUGGGACGAUUGCUGCUGUCGAUCAUGCCUCGGAGGAAGUUCUUAACUAUGAUCAGGUUUUUGUACGAGAUUUUGUACCUAGUGCCCUUGCUUUCCUGAUGAAUGGCGAGCCUGACAUAGUGAAGAACUUUCUCUUGAAGACUCUGUGCCUUCAAUCAUGGGAGAAAAGAGUCGACCGAUUUAAACUUGGGGAAGGUGCAAUGCCAGCAAGCUUCAAAGUUCGUCAUGAUCCUAUUCGAAAAGCGGAUACUCUAGUUGCAGAUUUUGGUGAAAGUGCUAUUGGGAGAGUUGCUCCUGUUGACUCUGGAUUUUGGUGGAUUAUUCUUCUCCGAGCAUAUACAAAGUCUACAGGGGAUCUAUCACUUGCAGAAACGCCAGAUUGUCAAAAGGGGAUGAGGCUUAUUUUGAGUCUAUGUCUGUCAGAGGGGUUUGAUACAUUUCCAACUCUGCUUUGUGCAGAUGGAUGCUGUAUGAUUGACCGAAGAAUGGGAAUAUAUGGUUAUCCAAUUGAAAUUCAGGCACUUUUCUUUAUGGUAUUGAGAUGUUCUUUGGCAAUGCUUAAACCUGAUGCAGAAGGAAAAGAAUUUAUUGAGCGAAUUGUUAAGCGUUUGAAUGCUUUGAGUUAUCACAUGCGGAGUUACUUUUGGCUUGACUUCCAGCAGCUAAAUGACAUUUACCGUUACAAGACUGAGGAGUAUUCACACACUGCAGUAAAUAAGUUUAAUGUUAUUCCUGAUUCAAUCCCAGACUGGGUGUUUGAAUUUAUGCCGACACGGGGUGGUUACUUUAUUGGAAAUGUCAGUCCUGCAAGGAUGGACUUUCGAUGGUUUGCUUUAGGCAAUUGUAUUGCAAUCUUAUCUUCACUUGCAACACCUGAGCAGUCAAUGGCUAUCAUGGAUCUUAUUGAAUCUCGCUGGGAAGAGUUGGUUGGAGAAAUGCCUCUGAAAAUAGCUUAUCCUGCAAUAGAAAGUCAUGAGUGGAGAAUUGUAACUGGCUGUGAUCCCAAGAAUACCAGAUGGAGUUACCAUAAUGGAGGAUCUUGGCCAGUUCUUUUAUGGCUUCUAACAGCUGCUUGCAUUAAGACCGGACGGCCGCAAAUUGCUAGAAGGGCAAUCGAGCUUGCAGAGAGUCGUCUACUGAAGGAUAGCUGGCCAGAAUAUUAUGACGGGAAAAAUGGGAGGUAUAUUGGUAAGCAGGCAAGAAAGUACCAGACCUGGUCAAUUGCCGGAUACUUGGUGGCAAAGAUGUUGCUUGAGGAUCCAUCGCACUUGGGGAUGAUUUCCCUUGAAGAGGACAAGCAGAUGAAGCAUGUACUUAAGAGAUCGUCUUCGUGGACUUUCUGAAAAAAGCUCAGCAAGAAAAAGAAACUAGCAGAACAGAAUGGAAAAAAUCAGGGGCUGAAGGAUCAUGUCAUAUCACUGCAAUUCUUUGGUGGUUUCUGCCCUUCAGCUUUCACCAGAAGUUUAGUUUUGUGUGUACCAUAAGGAUAUGCUGAGAUAAGUGUUGUGAUUUUCCAAAUAAAAGGGACUUUUUUCUGUUGCUGUUUCAAACUUUGGGAGGCAUUUUGCAAAAAUGCUUUGGUGCUUUGUUAGCUCUCGACAGACUAAAAUGGUGCUGUCAAGCCGUUGCAUUAGCAGGAAAGACACACGGUGAAUAAUUUUAAAUAUUUUCUGUGGACAUUUGUUUAAAAUCUAAUUGUUCUUUAAGAUACUCUGAAAAUCAUUUAAGAGUCUUCUCAUCCA